UAGGUUAGCAGCCACACUUUUUGGUGGAGGUAUUGCUGUCUACAAUCGUCACAUGACUUCUCAUGAAGCUCGAAAGAUGGACCCACACUAGCAGCCAGCCAGACACGUGCUCAACUGGUCGCAACUUUUUGAGCUAUCUGGGCUUCAGCCUUGCGCGCCGUCUCCAACAUCCCAAAACUAUCAGAAUAUAUUCAAGAUGUCGACGGACCCCAAGAUUCAGGAGCUUCUCAGCAAGUCGCGCAAUGAACUCACUGAGUACGAGAUUGCCCAGCUAGAAGAACACGAGUUCUCUGCCGGCCCUCUAUCUAUCCUUCAGACGGCCGUUCGAUCGCACGUGCAAGUGCUCAUCUCCAUCCGCAACAACCGUAAGCUCCUUGCGCGUGUCAAAGCCUUCGAUCGCCAUUGCAAUAUGGUGCUGGAGAAUGUAAAGGAGAUGUGGACGGAGACCCCUCGGUUAGCAAACGGGAAGAAGGGUCGCCCAGUGAACAAGGAUCGAUUCAUCAGCAAGAUGUUCCUACGAGGCGAUAGCGUCAUUCUGGUUCUUCUCAGCUAAUAAUUAUUUCGGUCAUGGUUUUGGGGCGGUGUGAGCUCGAAUUUAAGAAUGGGAUGUUUGUAUGUCUUACGGGCAAGACUCACAGGGACUCCAUAGGCGUUGAAAACAUGUUGAUUUUCGCAUACCAUAUUUGUUCAUUACACGUGUUAUCAAUAUUUGCACACUGCCGAGUAUCUCGACCUUACUGGCUUACAUCUCCAUCUUCGACCUCGAGGCAGAGGCAGAGGUCGUAAGACUGCCUAACUGCUCAAGCCCAGGAAGAAGCUGGCCAAUCCCCAGGCUCCAGGAUCGGGAACCUCCUGAUAGCCACUACCUCCGAUAUAGACCGUCCGACCCAGGCUGGCUUGCAUACCCUUGGUCUUAUUAGCCCCCUCCAGUGCUGCGUCAGCUGCGUUCUUGACGUCUCCUGUCUGGUUGAGAGCUUCCACGAAGGGAUGAAGGGCGUCGACCAACGUCCGAUCUCCAGGACGAGCAGGCGUGUACUUAGCCAAAGCAUCGCUACUCAUCUUGAGGGCCUUGGCCCAGACUUCGGGCGAGGCCGUGCCGGGUGACAGCUCACGAAGAGCAUGAACCAAGGCGUUGAGGAAGAUGGCAUAUAGAGCCCCAGAGGUUCCAUCCAUGGCUGUUUCCACGAUUGUUACGAUUGACGAGAGAUCCACCACAACGUCGCCGGUAAGAGGUUGCUCGUCAAUGUGCUUAAGGAUUGCUGUAUUAUGUCAAUAAAUGUCUGGGGGCCAUGAUGCGUCGGACUGACCUUCAGCGCCUCGUUUCAACCCGAUUCCACAAUCGCCAUCUCCGACGAUGGUAUCGUAAUGGGUGACCUCUGGCUCGGCAUCAAUCACUUUUUGCAGGCCCUUCUUCAAUACUGCUUGCGCGGCACUAGGGUCUGUUUUUAAACCACUAGGCUUGAUAUCCCCUGUAGCACCAGCGCGGCCUGUUCUUGUAUUGGUAUUCUUGGUUUUCCAGGUGCCGGCCUGAACGGGUGCGGACCAUCCAACCACCUCACUGGGAGCAUCAAGCAAUUCAAUCAUGCUUGGAGCUUCGAAAUCAGGCGAAACCACAUUAAGAAGGGAAAUGCUGAAGCCGAGACCGUUCAGACUGGUCAUGAAUGUUCCACUGAGUAUUCUCACGGGCCGGAUACUGUAAUUUGACUCAAGCUGACUCGCAACUUCUGCAGUGAUGCCGCCCAGCUCAAGAACGCUGACUCCUCCCAGGUUGUUGAUCAUGAGAACAACUUCUCUGGAAUUAACGUCCACAAAAGCUCGAUCCUUGUCUGCGGUGUCGAGUAAUUGCUUGAGCAUUUUACUUACGAGAUCAGGUAGUUCAGCCUUCUCACGGCCAGAGCCGGGUUCAUUGUGAAUACCCAUUCCCAGCUCCACCUCGUCUGCCGCAAGACUGCCCUCUGUAUCGACCUUUCGCCCAGGAACAUGCACAUGUUCAAGACUGGCGCCCACACUGACGAGGUUGUCUGCUGUCAGUUGUGCAUAUUUGGCAACCUGAUCAAGUGGCUUUCCUAGAGCUGCGAGGGCACCUGAGAUUUUGUGAACGAGAACUGUACCUGCAAUUCCACGACGUCCAACUUUUCCGGCCUUUGCACGACCAACACCAACAUCGUCGCCAACAACCACCAUCUCAACCUCAAGCCCUGCAGCCUUGGCCUUUUCAACAGCCAUACCAAAGUUGAGGACGUCACCGGUAUAGUUCAUUACGGUGACCAGGACGCCUUUUGACGUAUCGACACGAGAGGUAAUUGCUGUACGUAUUUGUUCUGCUGAGGGAGAUGCGAAGAUGGUUCCAGCUACAGCUGCGGAGAGCAUGCCUUGGCCCACCAUGCCGGCGAAGGAGGGCUCAUGGCCGGAGCCACCACCUGAGAUAAUGGACACUUGUGCUUUGGCAUUGGAAUCAGGACGACGAUAGAUGACUUUGAAGUCUGGAUCUAGGGCGAGCGACGGAUUGGUGAGGGUGAGACUAUGGAGAGCUGAGGAGACGAGGUGGGUUGGGUCGUUGACAAAGUGUUUGGCUGACAUGGUAGUGGACGGAUGGAGCGAGAUGGUCAACCAGUAUUAUCGAGAUGAGAUGAAAUGGUUCUUAAUUAAGAAGAUAUUAUUGAUCAAUUGGGUCUGAUUUCUGAGUGAUUCAAGCUUCUUAAGUACCAGCUGCCAAGAUAACCGCCACUAUGGAAGUGGCAAUCAGGUGAGGUUAUGCUGGCUGUAUUCAAGCGAUGAAGGAUGGAUGAAUGGAAGCCCA